AUGCAGCCGCCGCCGCGCAAGGUGAAGCUCACCCAGGAGCUGCGGGUCCAUCUCCUGGAGCAGCUGUCGGGCCUGCAGAGCAAACAGCAGCGGGACGCCGAGCUGCUGGAGGACAUCAGGUCCUACAGCAAGCAGAGGGCCACCAUUGACAGGGAGUACGGGCAGGCGCUGCAGAGGCUGGCCAGCCAGUUUGUGAAGAGAGACUGGCAGCGGGGCCGUGGCGAGGCUGGCGACUCCAGGAGCGUGGCCGCUGUCUGGAAAGGCGUCAUCGAGGGGACGGCACACGCCGGGCAGGUCCGUGUCACUGCCUCCGAGAGCUACCGCGCCCUGGCCGCCGAGGCCGCCCGCAGCGCCCGCCUCUCCAAGGAGAGGACGCUCAAGAAGGGCAUCGAGAGGCUGCAGAAGGCGCAGGUGGAGCUGCUGGAGACGGUGAAGGAGCUGGACAAGGCGAAGAAGCAGUUCAGCCACCUCCAGCGCAGCAGCGAGGUGGCCAAGGACAAGGCGGCCGAUGUGGAGGCGCGCCUCCGCAGGAGCGACCGGCGGAUAUUUCACACCAAGGCCAGCCUGCAAAAGCUCAGUGCCAAGUUCUCAGCACGGCUGGCCGAGCACUCGAGGCAGCUGGCAGGGGUGCAGAACGAGUACAGCUUUGCCCUGGUGUCUGCCUCUGCCCACCUGGAGCACUACCAGCGUGUGGAGCUGCCUGCGGCCAUGCAGGCACUGGAUGGAGACCUCUAUGAGCGGCUCCGGGAGCACUUGUCGGCCGCCAGCCGGACGGAGGUGGAGACCUGCCGGGCCACCCGCGACUGGUUCCAGGGCAUUGUGGAGGCAUCUGCACGGGUGUGCCGGGAGCAGGACCUGCUCCUCUUCCUGCAGGACCACCCCGCCUUCUCCCUGGCGCCCGAGCAGCGCUUCCAGCUCGCUGGGGUGGAGGAGGUGUGCCUGCUGCCACCAGCAGACGACGGGGCCAGCCUGGAGAAAGAGGCGCGGCGCUGGGCCACGCGGGUGGCCCGGGAGCGUAAGAACAGGGCACACAGCGAGGAGGUGCUGCAGCGGCUGGAGGCCAGGCGGCAGCAGGGGCUGGAGGCGGAGGCGGCGGCUGUGGAGCGGCAGAUGGAGGAAGUGAGGGAAAACAUCCGUAAGGCAGAGGUGAGCCGAGUGAAGGCCGAGGCACGGCUGGCUUUGCUGCGGGCAGCAGGGCUGGACGUGGACGCCUGGCUGGCCGGGGCCAUGGUGGGGACAGGCGAGGAGACCCCCACGGGGCUGGACCCGGGCGAGUUCGAUGACUACGAGGACAGUGAUGAGCCGGAUGAGGACGAUGAGCCUGGGCCUGCUGCUCGCUCCUACCCCUACACCUGCCGGGUGAUCUUUGGCUACCAGGGCUGCCAGGCGGAUGAGCUGUCCAUCAGCCAGGGCGAGGAGCUGGAGAUCAUCGAGGAUGGGGACGCAGAGGAGUGGGUGAAGGCUCGGAACAAGGCUGGGCAGGUCGGCUACGUCCCCGAAAAGUAUCUGCUGUCCGUGGGGUGUGACUUGGGGGCUGGGCUUGGCCCCCCAGGCCCCUCUGCCUUGCAGCGCCAGCUCUCCAGCAUCAUGGCUGCAGAACUGGUGCUGGAGCCUGGAGCCUGGCUGGUGCGAGCCCUGUACGACUAUGAGGGGCAGAGCCCCGAGGAGCUGAGUUUCCCCGAGGGGGCCAUCAUCCGGGUGCUGCCCCGCGCCGCCGGCGAGGUGGACGAUGGCUUCUGGACCGGCGACUUCGACGGCCGCGUCGGCGUCUUCCCCUCCUUGGUGGUGGAGGAGCUCACCGGGGCCCGGGAGGGAGCCGGGCAGGAGCUGCCAUCACCAUCCCCUCCACCCUUCUCCCCUCCUGGCCUCGCGCCCGGGGCCAGCCUGGUGCCCAGCCCUGCUCCUGAGAUGGUGCUGGGAGGUGAGUGCUGGGGAAACUGGGAGGGGGCUGGGGGAGCCCGGGAAGCCAGGCUGAGCUGCUGGGCCCUCCCAGGUUGCCGGCAGGAUGGCACGGGCAGCGGGCAGAGUUCUCCAGACCUGGCAGCCACGCGCCUGCGGCCGCUCCGUGCGCCGCCCCCGCCGCCCGGCAGAGCCCCCGAGCCCGACCCCGAGCUUCACUUCAGCUGACCCUGUGGGUCCCCCCAGCCCCCCGUCCCCCAAAAAGCUUUGCCCAAGCAAACCACCACAGGCUGCUGUCCCAGCAGCAGGGGCUGGAGCUGUCCCAUGCCCUGAGCUGGUCUCUCCAGGGGCUGCAUCCUGCCCAGUGCUGCUUGCAGAGUGGUCCUGCAUCCCAGUACAGCACCCCACAGAGCCCCUUUUUUGGGGUGUCCAGUGCCACAUCCAGGCCCCAUCUCACCCCCCCUCCUGCCUCUGCCCGUCCUGCCUGGCAUCGCCCGUGCACUCCCAGCCCUGGUUCCUGGGGGGCUCAUCUCUGGACCCUGCCAGCCCCCACAGCACCUCCCCACAGGCAGGAGCGGGCGUGGGGGGGCUGUUCCCAAUAAAUCAAUAAAUCCCGCUGGCCCUGGCGAGGGGUUCAGCAGCUUUAA